GUCAAAUAUUCCCUUCGUCUUAGACUCUUGAACCGGCAAUUUUUCACUGAACUUCUUCUCCCCUUUGUGGGUGGUGCAUAGUCGUACAGAGGUUGAGGAGAUUCAAUGGCAACUUCGAAGCUCCAAGCUCUGUGGAACCAUCCAGCCGGCCCUAAAACCAUCCACUUUUGGGCGCCGACUUUCAAAUGGGGGAUCACCAUUGCUAAUAUUGCUGACUUCUACAAACCUCCUGAGAAAAUUUCUUAUCCCCAGCAAAUAGCUGUUACCUGCACUGGAGUUAUCUGGUCCCGCUACAGCACAGUAAUCACUCCUAAGAAUUGGAAUCUCUUUAGCGUAAACGUUGCAAUGGCUGGGACAGGCAUCUACCAACUUACCCGCAAAUUGAAGCAUGACUACUCUUCUGAGGCAGAAACGGCUGUUGCCAAAGAAGAAUGAAGAUCGAUGUCUUUCCCGUCAUGGUUCAAGGGUGAUUGAUCCAUGUUACCUCCCUGCCUCAAACUCGAGUAUUCAACUUCAAUUGUAAUUGAUGCUUUGUUCCGGAAUAAAGACAUGAUCAGUAGCAAACUAAGAUACUUACGCUAUAUGAUGACAUGAUUUGUAAAAGAACUGUGAUUGUGCUUGUAAAGCUAUUGUGAAGAUCCAAAUUCUCCUUUGAUUAAUAAUUUAUGUUCCUUUUCAAAAAAAAAAA